AUGCUCCGUACUGACAUCAGUGAUCGCGACCACCAUCUCAUUUUAUAUAUCUCGUUCAAUGCCACUGAGCAAAAGCAGCCUCCUACACUUCUCGAGCCUCCCCUACCGAAUUCCCACUUAAUAACAACAACUCCCACCACAAAAAUGACAUACGAAAUAGCAACCAACCCCACCCUCUCCCCGCCAACCGCCCCACGCAUCCUCACCUUCCUCUCCUCCUUCUACCAAACCAGCGACACCGAGUCACAACACGACGCCUACGUCGACUACUUCACCCGCGAUGCAACACUGCACAUGGGCCCCAAGACGGCCGUCGGCACCGAGGAGAUCCGGCAGCUGCGCCUCGGGCUGUGGACGCACGUUGCGUCGCGCAAGCACAAGCCCGUCAAGGUGUUUUUUGGCGGCGACGAUGAGGUUAUGCUGCAUGGGAUUGUGAGGUAUGUGCUUAGGCAGGGGGAUGGAGGGGAGGUGGAGGUUCCGUGGGCGGGGAGGGUGGUUUUUGAUGGGGUCAAGGAGGGGGAGGAGUUGAGGAUGAAGUUUUAUCAGGUUUAUUUGGAUCCGACGGCGCAGGGUGGGAAGAAAUAG